AUGAGUGAAAUUGACAUAUCCGAACCGAGCAGUACAUCGUCCAAUACAACUGAGGAAAUCACUGCAAAUGAGCAUAAGUUAAAUCAAAUAGUGGGAGACUUUUUGAAAGCAUUCGUUGACCUAGGGCGACAUCGUGAAACCGAACCUGUCUUCCACGUAGCGACUCUAUUCUCCAUACUCGAAAACAAUCCUCUAGACCCACUUUAUCAAGACAUUGAUCGCAUCCAAACUAAUUUAAAGUAUGUGUGCGCUGAAAGUCCAACGAAAGAACGAGUGCGUUCAGACUUAAAACAAUUGGUUGCCCAACAUCUCUCUCGUAACCCCGAUAUCGCUGUAGGUGACGAUACUGAAGCGUCCGUUGAACGUGUCAAGUCAGAUUCUCAGCGUCCGAACAAGAGACCAAUCUCCCGCUCAGAAACAGAACCGUCCAAGGUAGUUAAGAAACCACGACGUCGUAAACGAGCACACACCGCUCCACCCGCUCCGCCUGAUCCACCUCCACCGGGAGGAACCUUAUUAGACUGGCAUAAUGAAUGGAACAGUAACGUGGCGGAAAUCCGUGGCGAAAGAACAUCAUCUUCCAGUCUUUUAACAACAGUAGAUCAGUUAUUGCCAAAUAAUCCGAACCUCGAUCUGACCGACACUGACUAUGAUCCGUUCUGUGAGUUUGUUAGCUCUCCAUAUACUGACGGAAAUCCGUGA